UACGUAAGCAAUAUUUUGAACUUCCGGUAUUUUAGUGACGCCAUUUUAUUUUUGUAGAAGAAAGAAAAAUGGCCAUGAUGAGCGACAACGAUUUCCAAGAUUUUGAGCGUCAACUCGCCGAAAAUCGAUCUGAAAUUGAAAAAGACAAAGGCGGUGGCGGUGGCGGUGGUGGAAGGAAACGCUCAAGGUCACGCUCCAGGGGACGUAGGUCACGCAGUCGAGAGAAGAAAAGAUCUAAAUCAAAGGAAAAAGAAAGGAAACGGAGAUCAAGAAGUCGCUCUCGAGAACGUGGAAGGAAGAGGAAGAAGCCUUACAAGUACUGGGAUGUUCCUCCUGCAGGGUUUGAACACAUCUCUCCAAUGCAGUAUAAAGCUAUGCAGAGUGCUGGUCAAAUUCCCCAGGCUAUAUCGGUGCCUAAUGUUGCCCUGACCAACACCACUGUUCCCUUCGCUGGCAGUGCCAUCAGUAGACAGGCCAGGCGAUUGUAUGUGGGCAACAUUCCAUUUGGAGUUACUGAGGAAGCCAUGAUGGAUUUUUUCAAUCAUCAGAUGAAAAUGACAGGGUUAGCUCAGGCAGAGGGAAGUCCUGUCAUUGCUGUACAGAUCAAUCUAGACAAAAACUUUGCCUUCCUUGAGUUCCGUUCUGUUGAUGAGACGACACAAGCCAUGGCUUUUGAUGGAAUCAACUUUCAAGGCCAGUCCCUCAAAAUAAGGAGACCUCGGGAUUACCAGCCUCUGCCGGGAAUGGCCGAGACUCCCUCAGUCAAUGUUCCAGGGGUGGUAUCCACAGUGGUACAAGACUCGCCACACAAAAUUUUUAUUGGAGGACUGCCUAACUAUCUCAAUGAGGAUCAGGUGAAGGAACUGUUGACAUCAUUUGGACCGUUGAAGGCCUUUAACUUGGUGAAGGACAGUGCCACUGGCUUAUCCAAAGGUUAUGCUUUCUGUGAAUAUGUUGACCCAAAUGUCACUGACCAGGGAUGUGCAGGAUUAAAUGGAAUGCAGUUAGGAGACAAAAAGUUGAUUGUACAAAGGGCCAGUUUAGGAGCAAAGAACUCACAAGUGCCGGUUCAGCUCCAGAUCCCUGGUUUGAACCUGAACCAGGGAGCAGGUCCUCCCACAGAGGUUCUGUGUCUGAUGAACAUGAUUGUCCCAGAGGAGCUAGAGGACGAGGAGGAGUAUGAAGAUAUCUUGGAAGAUGUUAAAGAAGAAUGUUCUAAAUAUGGAGUUGUGCGUAGUAUUGAAAUCCCGAGACCCAUUAAGGGUGUCGAUGUUCCAGGAUGCGGGAAGAUUUUCGUUGAGUUUAAUUCAAUAAUCGAUUGUCAGAAAGCUCAGCAGGCACUGACAGGGAGGAAGUUCUCGAAUCGUGUGGUGGUGACCUCAUACUACGACCCUGACAAGUACCAUCGAAGAGAGUUUUAAUUACAAACAUGCCAUGGGAAUUGAACACAACAAGAGACCAACAUGUCGACACACACUUCAACAAACAUCAUGAAUUGACUCAUUUUUAUUUCAAUCAUUACUUUUUUAUCAACCUCAGAAUAAUUUUGCUUCACAAUAGAGAUUUUGUUGUGUGGUAGAAUUUGGAAAUAAAUUGUUUAUCUGUA